UCGCUUUUGUGUGAACUGCGUUUGGGAGUGUUUGGUUUGGGUUUGGGAGCAACGACAGUGUAGUGUUUGCAUUGUUUUGUAUGAAAAUAAAGAAUGUGUAAUGAAAUCCGUAUUGUACAAGCACCCAUUCGGAUAUAAUUAGUUAAUAUUUAUGUGAAUCAGUGUAUAAUGUGACUUGAAUAAAAUAUUUUAUUGUUGAUUCAUUCUAUAAUAUUAAAUAUUUUUACUAGAUGAUAUUUAUAUCGAAUACACAUUUUAAAGCUCUAAAUUACUUAUUUCGUGACGGAAAUCAUCACAUAACGUUUAAAAGUGGAGGAGUUUGUGAUCUGCUAAAAGAUCUGUAGACCAUAAUGUGGAUGCGAUUGUGAGUGUUGCGAUAUCACAAUAUCAGUUGAAGACACAGACAACUUUUACUCGAGUCGAAGAUGUCUGGAUCGGGUUCGGGUGCAACGACGCCGUGCGCGGUGGAGGCACCCUCCGCGCCCGCCACCGCGCCAGUGCUCGCUUCGCUCGACGAGCGCGAUUUGGAGCCGCGAACCCCCAUGAAAAGACUUGGUUCCACCAGGAAACUUGCAGCUUUUAACAAUAUCCGGCUGCAGCUGAGUGAGCAGUCGCGCGUGUUAGAAGCGCGCGCGGAGGCGGCGGCGGGCGUCGCCGGCGAGCUGCAUGAGCUGUGCCGACGCCGCGCAGACCUCGAGCACGAAUACUCGCGAGCGCUCGACAAGCUGGCGCGUGUUGCGCAGCAGAGGCACAAGGACCACCGGCACAAGCGCGAGCAGUGGCCUCUGAUAGGUGCGUACGAGUGCUGGCAAGCGGCACUGGAAAACACAAGGGCAUUGUCGCGGGACCACGCGGCGCUCGCGGAGCUAUACGGUGGCACGCUAGCAGCGAGGUUGCAGCGGGCUGCCGACGACGUGCUACGGCUGCAUCGCAAGUGUCGUGACGUUGUCUGCGAGCGGCAGGAGGAGAUCGGCGCGGCUCUGUGUGAGGCGGCUGCGGGCGGUAAGGCGCACGCGGCCGCUGCGGCCGAGUGGCGUGCGGCUGCGCUUAAGCUGCGACUGGCUCGCACUGCGCGCGCGCAGCGGACAGACCCCGCCUCCGCCAAGAAGCUCAAAGCGCUCGACAAGGAGCUGGACAAGCGUCGGGCGCGUCACAGCGAAGCACGGGCAAAGGCUUUGCGAGCGCGGGCAGAGUACGUGCUUAGCCUAGAAGCGGCCAAUGCCACGUUGCAGCGGUACUACCUAGAUGACAUUGCGGACGUAAUGCGGUGCACGGAGGUGGGGUACGAGGCGGUUGUGUCGCGAGCCGUGCGGUCGGCGGCGGCGGCCGAUGCGGCGCGUGCGCAGUCCUUGCGGAGCGCCGGCGCCGCGCUCGUAGCUACCGCUGACCGCCUGGACGCGCUCGGCGACCGACAGCGCACGCGCGAAGCACACGCCGCUGCGUUCACACCGCCGCGGCCGCUGGCGCCGCGCGCCGACCGCGAGCCGCGCGCGGACGACGCGGACGACGACGCGGAGGCCGCGGACGAGCCGGAGGACGAAGGCGUGGCCGCGGUGCGCCAUGAGGUGUCGGCGCGCCUGCGCCAGCUGGAGGCGGCGGCGGCUGCUCUGCGGGCUGAGGUGCGCGAGCGAGCCAAGACGCUGGACGCCGCCGAGGCCGAGCUGGUCCGGCAGGUGGCGGGGCCCGCCGCGCUGUGGGACGCGGCCGGCCUGCUCGAGUCCGCCGCGCCGCACCCGCCGCACGACGACGACGCACCGCGCCGCGACCAGGAGGACUACUACUUGGAGAAAUUCCGUUCGUACGUGACGUGCGCGGGGCGGCUAGCGCGGCUAGAAGGUCGUGCGGCCGGCGCUCGGGAGCGGCUCGCGGCGCUCGGGGGCGCGGGGCCGGGGGCGGCGGGGGACGGACUGUUCACGGCGCCCGUCGACGACGAGUUGCCAGUGCCGCUCACGUCGUGCGUGCGGGUCAUCGCCACGUACGGGUUACGGCAGCAGGGUAUCUUCCGCGUGUCGGGCUCUCAGGUGGAGAUGAUGGCGCUCCGGGCGGCCUUCGCGCGCGGCGAGGACCCGCUGCGUGACGUGCGCGACGCUACAGACCUCAACUCCGUGUGUGGCCUCCUCAAGCUGUACCUGCGCGAGAUGCGGCCGCCGCUGCUAGAGGGCGCGGCGCGUGAGCGGCUGUUGCGGCUGGCGGCGGAGGGUUCAGCCGAGGGCGCGGCGGGCGCAGACGAGGGGCAGUUCGUGAGUCGCGCUCGCUCGGCGCUGCUGCCCGCGCUGGCGCCGCCGGCGCUGCUGACUCUGCGCUACCUGUUCGCGUUCCUGGCGCACCUGGCCGCGCACGCCUCGCACAAUAUGAUGGACGCCUGGAACCUGGCCAUCUGCCUGGGGCCCACGCUGCUGCCGGCGGGCGGCCACGGCGGCGCCCAGGUCACGGCCCAGAACCUCGUCAACGAGCUCCUCAAACGGCUCAUCGUGCACCAUCACGCCGUCUUCCCGCAGGACGUCGCGCCGCACACGCUCUUCGUGCCGCCCGCUACGGAGGACAGCGAAGUGGACGGUGGGGCGGAGACGGUGGACGGCGGGGAGGGGCGGGGCUAUGCGCAGCUCUCCGACGACGAGAACAGUGAGACUGAGACCGAGCCUAGCGAAGAGGAUGGCGACCCGGCGGAGCAGGGGGGCGGCGAGCAGCACAGAUGUUCCGCCACUCAGCCGCGCGCACAGACGCCGAGCGAGACUGCCGCGGAGGCCGCGCCACAGACCACGCCCACUCCAGUCGGCCCCGCCCCUCCGCCGCGCGAUACCGGCUGCAGCCGCCUGGCCGAGAGUACGCCCGACCUCGUGCUGGACCUGCCCGCGCGGCCCGCCGAGCCGUGCGCCGACCUCGCCGACGCGUUCGUACACAACCGCGACACGCUGCGGCGGCGGGCGCCCGUCGGCGGCGGCCCCGAGGACGAAGUGGCGCCGACGGGAGCCAGCGCGGGCGGAAGUCCCGUCCCCGCGCGUAAUACGCUGCGUGUCGCUGCCAAGUUUGCCGACCUCACGCUCACCGGAGGCUCAUUGAAGCCCGCGCUGGCCGCUAAGCCUGCGCUGCUCCGGCGCCCCGCUGCGCCCGCGCCGUCUCACCCUGACACGCGCACCAACUAGUCAACGUUUGGUCAAAAUCAAACUAAAGCCGCUGUCCCACCGCGGCGCACGGAGCUCAAGCUUCGCUUUACAAGAAAAGGAGAUUGUGUCCACUGCAGCCCACAGACAUGCUAAGCAUCAGUUGACGUCAUUGAUACGUGGCAGGCUCGAGUAGGCGCUUACAUAGCUCAACGCUGUCAACGUGGCGAUGAGUUACGCCAUAGUUGUAUCGUGGUUCAUAUUCCUGUAUAGUGUGUGCUGCAGUGGAAACGUAGACCUACGUUGUCAAACACAUGAAUCCACGCAGCUAAAAUGCGCAUGCGCAACGGUGGGACAGCGGCUUAAAGUCGCCACGCACAAACCUUGCUCCCGACCGGGCGGCACGCACUGCUGAUUGCAUGGCGUGUGACAUGCUCGGUGUCGGUGCUAUGAGGUGGAUUUUUUAUAAGACUUUACAAAAAACCGUAGAAUCGAGUGUUACAACACUCCUCAGUUGCCAUGUUGAGAUUAUCCUAAAAAAAGCCGUAGGAACCUUUUACUCAAUUUUAUCGAUGCUAUAAUAUUAUGUAUAUUUUUGUAAGUGCUUUUAUACCUGGACGUAGACGCCUCCUUGUAGUCGUCUGUUAAUGUUUAUAAUCUUAUUGUAUCGCACUUAUAGCGAUUUUAAAUAUUUUUGUAUUAACGCGAACAUGUUUUAUUAUGUCUAGUUUAGACCUCAUUAAUAUUGUUUAUGAAAAUGUCCCGCUGUCUUAUGCCAUCAUAUUCUAUAAAACCAUCACGGUCAACUAUCUCAACAAUGUUGGGUAUCGCCCGUGUACGCACGUUAUGUACUCGUGGCCGGCGGGCCGCUGCGAACAAUAAACAGUAUUACAAA